GUGGCCGAAGCUGCAGCGCGGGCUCCAGGCGUGUUCACAGAUGCUCCCGAGCUGGGGCGUUUCUCCGCAGGCCUGUGAGGCAGGAGUGACCCUAGGGGUUGCGCAGAAAGGCAUUUGCUCCCCCGCAAAAGUUAAUGAUGCAGUGGUUUUAAAAGGAAUGUGGAAUAGUGAAGUUUUCCCUUUUUAAAAAUUGGUAAUUUUAGAUCUUAAAGAGAGGUCUUAGAGAUCAUCCCUACGAAGUCCAGCGCUGUCAUGUUAUGGCUAAGUGUCACGCUGAGAUAGCGUGUGGAACUCGGAGUGGUUUUUCCUUAUCACAGGAGAUACUGCUAUUGCAUGUUUUAGAGCUUACUUUUUUCCCUCUGUUGUUGAAUUCAUAAUAAUGUUUUUAAUCCACGUGUGUUUUAUUUUGUAGGAAGAAGAAAUUGUCUAAACAAAUAACAUGAAGUCCAAUAGAAUCCCGCUUUUUAUUAUUUCAAGUCAGGGGAGUAAAAGUAAACCAUUGCUAUCUUUCCGCAGUGAUACCCUGUGUUUUAUUACUCGAAACACCCAGUUUUCCUAAUGUUCAUGAUGUCAGAAGGGAAAUCUCCUGAGAAAAAAAGACCUCGUAGAAGUUUAUCACUCAGCAAACCUAAAAAAAAUGAAUCUACGAACAACUCUAUUAUUUCUUUUUUUAACAAUGCACCACCUGCUAAACUUGCCUGCCCCAUUUGUAGUAAAAUGGUGCCAAGAUAUGACUUAAACCGGCACCUUGAUGAAAUGUGUGCUGACGAUGAUGACGGCACUCCAGUUGAUCCAGGGCAUGUUGGCUUAAUGAAUUCAAAUGCAUCCACAGUGGAUUUAACCAACAUUGCCUUAGAAGAUAUAAUGCCAAAGAAGUUGUCACCAUCGAAGACAAAUUUAACCCCUGGUCAAAGUGAUUCAGCAAAGGUGGGCGUCAAACAGCAGACCAGCCCCUACUUUAAAAGUAAUGCUGGCUUGGUGUGCAGAACUCAAGAUGAGCUGAGACAUCAUAAUGUGAAAGUAAUUCCUUUGGGAAGCCUGUCAUCUAAAUUGUCCAGAAGAUACAGGAAAGCUAAAAGAUCAAUAGAUAAGGAUGAAGAAUUUGCCGAUCAGAGUCCACAGAGCUCCUCAUCCACAGUGGUUAGGAGCCUGCUUGAUAACUGCUCAGAGAUUGAGGACAAGGAUCAAAUUUUGGAGAACAGUUCUCAAAAGGAAAACAUGUUUGCCUCUGAUUCUCUUAAGGAACAGAGUAGUCCUGAACAUACUGUAGAAGGCGCUACAAUAAUGGAAGCAGAAAGCCAAAAGGCUACCCACGAAUGUGGGAUAUCAAUCCUGACCCCUGCCUUCUCAGAUAAUGCUCCCCUGUUAUUUUCACCAGAUUUAACUCCUGGGAAUAAAUUACAGUCUACUUCAGAGGACAGUCUUGCAAGGCAGGCAAGUUUCAAAGGAGUAGAUGGUAAAAGUGUUGAAAACUGUGAGGUAGGUAGUUGUGAAGAGGUAAAAAUGACUUCUGCUUCAGAAGCUAAAACACAGUUGUCAGAUUGGGAAGCAAAAUAUUGUUCUACCCAGGAUGCUUCUAAAUGGAGUAACAUCCAAGAUCUUCCUCUGGAAGGUGUCAGUGACUUAAAGAAUGAAAUCACUCACAUAAUUCCUUUGGAGCAGGGCUCAAGCUGUGACAUUCCUGGUAAAACAGUCCCAGCACCACCGAGUCAUCCUUACUACCUUCGGAGUUUCCUUGUGGUGCUGAAAGCUGUGUUUGAGAAUGAAGAUGAUAGGAUGCUCUUUGAUGAAGACGAGAAGGGAAUUGUAACUAAAUUUUAUCAAUUAUCAGUUAGUGGUCAGAAGUUAUAUGUAAGACUUUUUCAACGUAAAUUCAGCUGGAUUAAGAUGAAUAAAUUGGAAUAUGAAGAGAUUGCCUCUGACUUAACACCUGUGAUUGGAGAAUUGAAGCAAGGAGGCUUUCUUCAGACAGAAUCUGAGUUGCAAGAACUUUCUGAAGUGCUUGAACUACUUUCUGCUCCUGAACUAAAAACCCUGGCAAAGACCUUCCACUUGGUGAAUCCCAAUGGACAGAAACAGCAGCUGGUGGACGCCUUUCUUAAAUUGGCCAAACAGCCUUCAGUCUGCACUUGGGGCAAGAAUCAGUCUGGAAUCGGUGCAGUGAUUUUAAAAAGAGCUAAAGACUUGGUGGGACAGUCACUGAGAGUCUGUAAAGGCCCCCGGGCUGUGUUUUCCCGCAUCUUGCUUCUGUUUUCGUUGACCGAUUCACUGGAAGAUGAGGAAGCCGCCUGUGGUGGUCAGGGACAGCUUUCUACUGUGCUCUUGGUCAAUCUCGGCCGAGUGGAGUUUCCUAGGUAUACCAUCAAUCGGAAAACCCAGAUCUUCCAAGAUAGAGACGAUCUUAUCAGAUAUGCAGCAGCUGCACACAUGCUGAGUGACAUUUCUACUGCAAUGGCCAAUGGGAACUGGAAAGAAGCUAAAGAGCUCUCUCAGUGUGCAAAAAGGGAUUGGAACAAGCUGAAAAACCACCCUUCCCUGAGAUACCAUGAGAAUCUACCACUCUUUCUUCGGUGUUUUACUGUCGGGUGGAUUUAUACAAGGAUUUUGUCUCGGACUGUUGAAAUACUGCAGAGACUUCACAUGUAUGAGGAAGCAGUCAAGGAACUUGAAGACCUUUUGUCCCAGAAAGUGUACUGUCCUGACAGCAGAGGCCGGUGGUGGGACAGACUGGCUCUCAACUUGCACCAGCACUUGAAACGCCUUGAACCGGCUAUCAAGUGCAUCACAGAAGGGCUGGCUGACCCAGAAGUGAGAACAGGACAUCGUCUUUCACUUUAUCAGAGAGCUGUGCGCCUGAGGGAGUCUCCAAGCUGUCGGAAGUAUAGGCGCCUCUUCCAUCAGCUCCCAGAAAUAACUGUGGAAGAUGUUACACAUGUGACCAUCACGGGCCGCCUGUGCCCGCAGAGUGGGAUGGGCAAGUCUGUGUUUGUGAUGGAGGCCGAGGAGGCCACUGCCCCUGCUACAGUCCUGUGUUCCGUGGAGGAGCUGGCACUGGCUUAUUACAGACGUGGUGGCUUCGACCAGGGGCAGGGUGAUGCUCUUGGGGCAGAAGUGCAGAUGCCAGUGAAGACAGAGAUACGAUAGACUUCAAAAGUUAGAAUAACAGAAUGAGAAUUCAGCCCCCAGACAGGUCAGGAGACGUGUGAACGGAGCAUGGAGGGAAGAAAGAGCAAGCAUUGGGGCAUGUGGUGGGCAGGCUGCGAGCCAGGCACAGCGACAUGCUUUCUGUUUAGCCAUGAGCCUGGAGAACAGAUGGACAAUUCCAAUUCUAGAAUAUAAAAUAUUUUUUAUAUAAAAUAUUCUUUUCAUUUAUUAAAUUGAUGUGAUGAAAAUGAGCAGAACCCUGGUCAUCAGUCUUAAUCUAGAGGUAAGGGCAGUCUCAAACCCCUUCCAGAGAAGUCUGUUUUUGAGUGACUCAGAAGGAUCUCACCAAAAACGAUUCACUUACGAUGAAAUGCAUGGUGCGCACUGCUUGGGAGUUCAGGAAUUCUGACACCCGGUGUUCUGAGUGGCCAGUGUACACACCCAGGCAGAAAGGAGGAUGGAAAUCAAGCCCCAGCUUUCCUCCUGGCUGGGCAAGAGCCCGAGAUCCCAGUGCAAAGCUUUCUGGGAAAAGUUAGAGGACUCAGCCUUGGUCAGGGGACCUGAGUGGGUCCUGUUGUUCCUGCUGCUGAAUCCCGGAGGCGGUUGCAGGGAUGAGGGACUAGAACUGAGGGGGACAGAAAGAGCACCGCACAGCUGGAGCAGGGGGGACAGAGGGGACCUAGCCACAUUGCUCCUGACUGAGGCUCUCGUCCCUGCCCCGAGUGUACUUUCCUAAGGACACAUGUGCAGCUGCCUGGUCUCUGUUCUCCUCGUCCUGUGCUGACCGUGACUGCACAGUGGGAUGGGGCCCACCAGCCAGAGGAGCUCUUCUGCCAUCGUGGAGAAAUGUGUUCCAGCCUGGCAGGAGGGCAUCAUGGGAGUCAGCGCCUCCUGCAGCCAAGGCAGUAAUCUGGGGAGAGGGGCGUCCACACAGCCACUUCCCCGGGCGGCUGUGGGGAAGUGCAGAGAAGGACUUGCUCUGGGAGACAGGGCUGUGUGCUGUGCCAAGACCGAGCCCUUCGUCGCCCUCCAGACUCUGACAUUUAUGUGGCCUGGGGCACGUGAUGGACCUCUCUGAGGUCAUCUCCCAAUCAGUGAGUUAGUGUGUGGCAUGAGGUCUGAACUAGGUCGUCUCUGAGGUGCAGGGUUUCUAUAAAAACCCUGAAUCUUAGAAACACUGGGCACGCUUGUUCAGGCCAAAGCGAUGGAAUGCUGGGUCGAAUGAGGUGAGUGAAGGCAGCACCUGCUAGAUCAGAGGACGCAGGCUCCCAGAAUGCUCGGCCUCCUUGUCAGAUCCCUUCCAGAAA